CUUAGCGGGAAACUUUAAAGACUAAAUCUUGAUAAAACAAAAUUAAUGAGUUCAAAUGUCCCUGCAAAUACAGAAACAAGUGGCUCCAGUGUUGACAGUCAUUUAUUAUUUGAAAAACAGAGAGAUGCCUUGAUUGGACAAGUUGCACAGAGUAUGGAGCAAAUCAUAACAAAUCUAAACAUUUUAAAUAGAAAUAUGGAGAGUUUUAUAGCAGUUGGAAAGGAAUUUGAAAGUGUAUCUACCUUAUGGAAAAUGUUUCAUGACGUAUUAUCGCAAGAACACUAUCCCAUGCAAGAAGAGACUCAAGAAACAGAACAAAAUGGAGAAGAAGGUUUAGUAUGAAAUGAUAAAUAUGUUUGACCUAUUUUUUUUGUAUAUAAAAUUUAUC